AAAUAGUAAUAUGUGUAACGUACUAAGCGUAAGUUAUCGUGAAGCUCUCGCAUGCAGUUUCAUUCAAUGCUUUUAUUUUACUGCGUCACAUCCCCUCCUCUCACAAGUAAAGCGAGAAAGACAUAUUACGUGUGUGGUCUUCUGGCUGGAGCUUCGGUUGUUCUCGGCGACGAUCGGCCGGUUCCGUACCCAAGAGAGGCAACAUAAUCGCCCAAAUAAUGAUGGCGGCUCAACAAACAUUCAGUACAUGUAUCCAGCUAGCGCUUGAUUCAGUGCUGCUCGGGUCGCGCCAGUGUCGAGACGUUGUUGCGGUAUCACAAAGUUAUCGAAACUAUAUUGUUCCGUGUUUCUUUCGGUUAGUGAUAAACAGAAGUGAAUAAUUUGGGUGUACAAGUGUGUGGUUAUGUGGCGGCGAGUGAUAUGACAGCGUGCGCCGCCAGACGGAUUCCGGCCGUCUUCAUGAGGAUAUUGGUGACAAGUCUGGCCCCGAGAUCAUGGUGGCUCCCGAUUCCGAGGCUCCUUCGAAUCCUCGGAUAACGGCUGCACACGAGAGCCCCUGCGCCACCGAGGCGCGCCACAGUGCUGAUCUUUACAUACGUACCAGUUGGGUGGAUGCCGCACUAGCUCUUUCUGAACUCGAAAAGGGUAACAUCGAAGGAGGAAGGACCUCACUGUGGAUUAGAGCGUGGCUUCAAGAACAAUUGUUUAUUUUGGGUUGCUUCCUUCAAGGGGACGCAGGAAAAGUCCUCUUUGUUGCCAUACUCGUUCUUUCUACAUUCUGCGUCGGUCUCAAGUCUGCUCAAAUACACACGAGAGUCGAUCAACUUUGGGUUCAAGAGGGUGGAAGGUUGGAAGCGGAAUUAAAGUAUACAGCACAAGCUCUGGGGGAGGCGGAUUCAUCAACGCAUCAGCUUGUAAUUCAAACUGCCAAAGAUCCAGACGUUUCGUUGCUACACGCAGGCGCGUUACUUGAACACCUGAAGGUGGUACACGCUGCGACUCGGGUGACAGUUCACAUGUACGAUAUCGAGUGGCGCCUCAAAGACCUCUGUUAUAGUCCAAGCAUACCGGAUUUCGAAGGUUAUCACCACAUAGAGUCGAUCAUCGACAACGUCAUUCCUUGCGCAAUUAUAACACCCCUUGAUUGUUUCUGGGAGGGUUCCAAGUUACUUGGUCCGGAUUAUCCUAUUUUUGUGCCACAUCUUAAACACAGACUACAAUGGACACAUUUAAAUCCGUUAGAAGUUUUAGAAGAAGUGAAAAAAUUAAAGUUUCAAUUUCCUCUGAGCACAAUGGAGGCGUACAUGAAGAGAGCCGGCAUCACUUCCGCCUACAUGAAGAAGCCGUGCCUAGAUCCUACCGACCCACAUUGUCCAUCCACGGCCCCCAACAAAAAGUCUGGUCACAUUCCAGAUGUAGCGGCAGAGCUAUCACACGGAUGUUACGGCUUUGCGGCAGCUUACAUGCAUUGGCCGGAACAAUUAAUUGUGGGAGGAGCUACAAGAAACUCGACGUCGGCUCUCCGAAGCGCACGCGCUUUACAGACUGUAGUACAGCUAAUGGGCGAGAGAGAGAUGUACGAGUACUGGGCCGAUCAUUAUAAAGUACAUCAAAUUGGCUGGAAUCAAGAGAAGGCAGCUGCUGUACUGGAUGCCUGGCAGAGAAAGUUUGCGGCUGAAGUGAGAAAAAUGACUACCUCAGGAUCAGUAUCAUCGGCUUAUAGUUUCUAUCCAUUCUCCACGUCGACACUUAAUGAUAUCCUUGGGAAAUUUUCCGAAGUGUCGCUGAAGAACAUUAUAUUAGGCUAUAUGUUUAUGUUAAUAUAUGUUGCCGUUACGUUAAUACAAUGGCGGGAUCCAAUUCGUUCACAAGCAGGCGUGGGUAUUGCUGGCGUUCUGCUUUUGUCCAUCACUGUUGCCGCUGGACUAGGAUUUUGUGCUUUAUUAGGAAUACCAUUCAACGCUUCAAGUACUCAGAUAGUACCAUUUUUAGCACUCGGGUUAGGAGUUCAAGAUAUGUUCCUUCUCACUCAUACAUAUGUGGAGCAAGCGGGAGAUGUACCUCGGGAGGAAAGGACUGGACUCGUGUUAAAAAAGAGUGGCCUGAGUGUUCUUUUAGCAUCUUUGUGCAAUGUGAUGGCAUUUUUGGCUGCAGCUCUUUUGCCUAUUCCAGCCUUCCGAGUGUUUUGUCUACAGGCAGCAAUACUUCUGCUCUUCAACUUGGGAUCAAUGUUACUGGUUUUUCCUGCCAUGAUCUCAUUAGACCUUCGACGAAGAUCUGCUGCAAGGGCUGAUCUAUUAUGCUGUUUGAUGCCUGAAAGCCCAAUACCGAGGAAGAAAGUUCCCGACCGAAAUAAAUCAAAGAUUAGAAAAAAUGAGAAGAAUCAUAGGGUAGACACUACGAGACAGCCUCUUGAUCCAGAUGUGACCGGCGACGUGACCAAAACUUGCUGCUUGAGCGUCUCGCUCACCAAAUGGGCUAAAAACCAGUACGCGCCAUUUAUCAUGCGCCCCGCUAUUAAGGUCACUUCUAUGUUAGCAUUAAUAGCAGUAAUCCUAACUAGUGUUUGGGGGGCCACUAAAGUUAAGGAUGGAUUGGAUUUGACGGAUAUUGUACCGGAAAACACGGAUGAACACGAAUUUCUAUCUCGCCAGGAAAAAUUUUUCGGCUUUUAUAACAUGUACGCUGUUACACAGGGUGAUUUUGAAUAUCCUACUAAUCAGAAGCUAUUAUAUGAGUAUCACGAUCAAUUUGUUAGAAUACCUAAUAUAAUUAAAAAUGAUAAUGGUGGUCUUACAAAAUUUUGGUUGGGUUUAUUCCGUGAUUGGUUAUUAGACUUACAAGUUGCUUUCGAUAAAGAAGUUGCCAAUGGUUGUAUAACACAAGAAUAUUGGUGCAAGAACGCAAGUGAUGAAGGAAUAUUGGCUUAUAAACUUAUGGUACAGACUGGUCAUGUCGACAAUCCGAUCGAUAAGUCCCUCAUUACAGCGGGACACAGAUUAGUUGACAAAGAUGGAAUUAUAAAUCCAAAAGCAUUUUAUAAUUACCUAUCUGCUUGGGCUACAAAUGAUGCAUUGGCUUAUGGAGCUUCACAAGGAAACCUAAAACCUCAACCUCAAAGAUGGAUCCAUUCUCCAGAGGAUGUACAUUUAGAAAUAAAGAAGUCAUCACCGUUAAUUUACACACAGUUACCAUUCUACUUGUCCGGACUGAGUGAUACUGACAGCAUUAAAGCGUUGAUAAGAUCUGUGCGAGAUUUAUGUUUGAAAUAUGAAUCGAAAGGAUUACCAAACUUCCCCUCUGGCAUACCAUUCCUUUUUUGGGAACAGUAUUUAUAUUUGAGGACAUCUUUGCUACUGGCUUUGGCGUGUGCUUUGGCUGCUGUUUUUAUUGCGGUAAUGGUGCUAUUGUUGAACGCAUGGGCCGCAGUUUUGGUUACAUUAUCACUGGCAACGUUGGUGCUGCAACUGCUAGGUAUAAUGGCUCUACUAGGCGUGAAGCUCUCAGCGAUGCCGGCUGUACUCCUUGUAUUGGCUGUCGGUCGUGGCGUGCAUUUCACCGUUCACUUAUGUUUGGCAUUCGUUACAUCGAUAGGUUGCAAGCGUCGUCGCGCAUCACUAGCGGUGGAGUCUGUGCUGGCGCCAGUAGUUCACGGCGCGCUGGCGGCGGCGCUGGCCGCCUCCAUGCUGGCAGCCAGCGAGUUCGGUUUCGUCGCCAGACUAUUUCUGAGAUUAUUGCUGGCGCUCGUGCUAUUGGGACUCGUGGAUGGGCUGCUUUUCUUCCCUAUUGUUUUGUCCAUAUUGGGACCUGCUGCCGAGGUACGGCCGCUAGAGCAUCCAGAGCGUCUAUCAACGCCAUCACCAAAAUCAUCUCCUAUUCAUCCUCGUAAAUCGAGCUCUGGCUCAGGUGGUGGUGAUAAGUCAAGCCGCAAUAGCAAAUCUGCACCAAGACCCUGCGCUCCAUCGCUCACCACCAUUACCGAAGAACCCUCGAGUUGGCAUAGUUCCGCCCAUUCCGUACAAUCUUCCAUGCAGUCAAUAGUGGUUCAACCGGAGGUAGUGGUCGAAACUACAACGUACAAUGGUAGCGAUUCUACUUCGGGACGAUCGACACCUACGAAGUCAUCGCAUGGUGGUGCUAUUACAACUAAGGUAACCGCCACAGCAAAUAUUAAGGUGGAAGUGGUAACUCCGAGCGACAGAAAGUCACGCCGUUCCUACCACUACUACGAUCGUCGAAGGGAUCGCGAUGAUGAUAGAGAUCGAGAUCGUGACAGGGAUAGGGAUAGAGAUCGUGAUAGGGAUCGCGACCGGGACAGAGAUAGAGAUAGGGAAAGAUCCCGAGAGCGAGACCGUAGGGAUCGUUUUAGAGACGAAAGAGAGCACCGCGCAUCCCCAAGAGAAAACGGAAGAGACUCUGGACAUGAAAGUGAUUCAUCACGUCAUUAACGGAUGUAAUGAAAUAUCAAUCUUGCCAGCAAUGACACGUUGUGACACGAAAAGCAAACGAAUGUCGGGUUGCUGUAUUAUCGAAAAAUCUGCGAUAUAACAAAUAGCUUGAAGCUUUACGUAUCGCUUGUUAUUCGAUAUGUAAACAUGUUUUAAGAUUCACAUUACUGGACUUCGUAUACAUCUUAAAAAAGUAUUACGUGAAUAUUAAGUUUAAGAUUUGUCAAUAAAUUGUGGUUAUUAGUGAGGCUUGAGGCUAACUUCAUGCGUGUUAGAAGUGCUAGUAUCUGAAGUGUAUUGUAUAAGUCCGAAAUGAUACUGAAAUCAUUCCAUAGAGUGACACUAGUGCUUCUAUAUUGUGAUUCAUUGUAGAAAAGUACAGUUUUUAUUAUUAUUAAUGUAUAGACCAAAUACCAAUUAAAAAACCAUCGUAUAUGAUUUUCUCGCGUGUUCCUAUUUUAAAGACGUUCUUCUUAUAUUGUCUUUUCAAUAUGUUUUUUUUUGUUACAAUUUCACGUCUAAAGACUGUGGUCGAAUAUUUUAUAAUAAUUUAUCAUAUUAUUUAUUUUGUGUCUAUAAUUAUUAUAAUGAUAAUAUGUCUAUUAUAAUUAUUAAUCUCACCAGAAGAAUCUGUGAAAUCAAUCAGAUUUAUUGUACAAAUUAUUUAAGUAGAUUGUAUAUUAGAUAAGGCAUUUAUUUAUGAGAUUACUUAGAAUUUUAUAUACCUUAUUGUAUUUUCGUGAUCUUUGAUUACGGUCACUACUUUAACGAAGAAGACUGCAUUAAACGAUCGAAAACUCGAAAGCUUAGCGACAAUUCAGGAGAAUCAACCAAAGAUCACAGGUGGACAUUUAUAACUCUUGACUUAAAACGUACUUCAUAUAUUUCAUUUUCUGUAAUUAAUAAUAUUCUUAUUUAUAUUAUUAUGAAAAGGUUAAUAAUAACGUCUGAAAAUCUGUGAUCCAAUAUAUCAAGAUCUGAGCUAAGAAUCAACUGACCUCAGUUAAUGAAAUUAGUAAUUAGUGUUGUGACAUUUUGUGCAGAGUACUUACUAGUUUAUAUUAAUUUAUGCUAAUGUAAGUUAAUUUUCUGUAAAUAUAGAAGUAAAUAAUGUAAGUAUUAGGAUAGGAAGCAACGACAACGCACAACGAAUAAAAUAUUUUUACCUUUGUAUCGUAUAUUUUUAUACAAUUUUAACUGACGUAUUGUCGAAAAACCGUAAUUAUAUUAAAGUUGUUGAAGUUGGAUUUAUUAUAUUUAAAUCUAAAUUUCUUAAUAAUAUCAAAAUAAUAUGGACAAAAACACGACAUUUCAGAAGUUAUUUGUCAUGAAAUUAAGGCAAGAUUAUACUUUCUUAUUCGAUAUAUUUUUACAUUGACGAUAUAAAUAAUUGUUAUGAAUUUUUUUAGAACAAUUUUUUCAUUAUAAUAAUGAAAUUUCUAGUAAUCAAUCAUAAAAUUUAAAUUAAGAUAAAAUGUAUUAGAGCGUAAAUGGACGGUUAAUGGUUUUUGUUUAAAACAUACAAUUUUGUAAUAAGUAAAUUGUAAAUGUGCUGGAAUUAAUCUCGUUUAACGGAAAAUUA